GAAGACAUGCAGAGUCUUGCCAGCCUCAUGAGUGUCAAACCUACUGAUAUUGGCAACCUGGACGACUUCAAUGAGAGCGAUGAGGAGGAGGACCGGAAGUCUGUCACUGCCACAGUUGCUCCACACUCACUAACUCGUCCAAACCGUCCCGCUCCCCUUCCUCCUGACACCCGAACAUCCACUGGAGUCACUUUGCCAGCUUCAGCCGGUGGGCAUGAUGUUGAUCCCUCCACUUCCGUUCUUCAUUCUCGCCCUCCUCUGCCAAAUGCUCCACGUCCCUCUCCCCGGCGUUCCCGACAUCUGUUCUCAGCUGCUCCUGUCCAAUCAGACAUCCAACCUGCACCUGGCCCCUCCCCUCAGCCUUCGCCCAGGUCUAAGCGGACGAAAAUAGCCAGCACUGCCCUUUCAGACGCUGCUGUGUGUGACUCUGUAACUAGUCCUCCUGAAACGCAGGCCACAGAAAAGCCUCCCCCAGUUCAGAGUGCCUCAUCUGCCUCUUUGCUCCCUGAAAAUUCAGCAACAUCCAAAUCUUCCUGUAAUACGUCUCCAGCUUUUGCAGAAACCUCUUCCCUUCUGACCUCAAAUACACCCCCAGCUCCGUCUUCAGAGCUUCUCAAGCUUCCCCAUUCUUUAUCACCAUCACCUARAACAGCAAUAACAUCCUCAUCCAUGUCUUCUCCAACCACAUCUGUCAUUGUAUCCACUGCCGUGACCCAUAAGCCAAUCUCAGCAGCCUGCCAGCUUCCUGCUCCCAAAUUUACCUCCCUCCAAAAUCCCCCUCUGCCCCACGAGAAUCAGUCUGUUCAGCCUCCUGUCACAUGGACCCUCUCUCAGCCCCCUUCGCUGCCCAGAAUCUUCCAGGCAGGCCCAGCUCYUACAGUGCACCAGCAGCGCCCCCAAGAGUUUCAGAUCGUAGAUGAUUCUGCUUCAAGCUCUGGCCGUUCCCACUUUUUCAGACCCCAGGUUGUGAAAUCCUUCGCACGCCCCACCUCUCCCUCUCCUUUAUCCACCGAUUCUUCUCCACUUUCAUCAUCGUCAUCAUCAUYUCUCCCUAAAUCUCCCCCCUCUGGCUCAGUUACUCAGGGGCUUUGGCCUACAUCAGACCCCGCUCCAGCCACUGGAAACAUUUUCCCCGUCCCUCUGCUGACUAGUCCAGAUCUCGAUGCCCUCUGUGACCCAGAGACUCCAGCUCUUUCUGCCGCCCUUUURUCCUCCUCGACUUUUUUCUCCUCCUCUCUCACUUUUACUCAUUCUUCACCUCCUUCUGCUCAAAUCAGCUCUAGUCAGACAGGCUCAUCRGUCUCUGUCCCUCUGGUAGCUAAAGAGACAACUGUAAGUCCAAUGAGCCAAGACAAAACGUCUCCUACCAGUAAACAGACGGACACAAACAGAAGAACAUUGGAAGAGCCAAAGCUGAUUAUCRCAGAGAGCAAAGCUGGAAAGACCAGUCCUGCUCAGUCCUGCUCAGAGCUGAUCAUAGCCCCGCCGCCUCCCUGGCCCUUUUCCUGCACUGAGCGCUCCACCUCUGAGCAGCCCUCCACCUCUGUCGUUGCUGCGUUUAUCACACCUAAGCAGUCAGAUGUUGAAUCCACUGAAUCGAAAAAACAAAUCAGUGAGAGAGUUGUAAGUGAUAAACUGUCCAGAAAAACACCUGAACGUGACUAUGAGAACAAAUCACUUAACCAGAAACAGAAAUCAGGGGGAUUGUUUCUGGAAGAGGACAACUCUAGGUGUGACACAAUCAAAAGGUGUCCUGCAGGUCUUGAAAGUAAAACAAAUGAAAAGCCAUCACUGACAGAACAGUUUGAGGGAGCAGCCGAGAAAGAGAAACAGUCAGAAAUCCAAAAGAAAGAGGAGAGGAGAAGGAAGGAGGAGGAAGAAAAAGAGAUGCAACGGAAGCAGAAAGAGGAGGAAAUGCGAAAGCAUGAGGAAGAGAGGAAAAGGCUGCUGGAAGAGGAAAAGAGGAAGCUCCUGCAGGAGGAAGAGGAUGCAAAGAGGGAGAGAGAGACGAGGAAACUCGAAGAGGMAAGACUGCUGAAAGAGAAGAGAGACAAACAGGAGAAAAUGAAGGAGGAAGAGGAACAGAAGAAAAGAGAACAGGAGAGGAAGCUUCUGGAGUCAGAAGCAGAAAAACAAAAUCUGAAGAGAGAGGAGGAGAAACGGCAAGAGAGAGAAAGGUUCAUGAAGAAGAUGAAGGAGGAGGAGAAAAUGAGGCUCUUGGAAGACGAAAAGACGAGAAAGAUUGAGGAAAGACUUUUGAAAGAGGCAAAAGAGAAGGAACAACAGAAAAUAAGAGAGGAUGAAGAGAGGAAGAAACAAGAAGCGGAGAAAGGAAGAUGUGAGGAGGAGGAAAGAAAGCAGAAAGAGGAGAAGAGACUGAGAGAGGCAGAGGAGAAGAGAAAGAAGGAGAACCUUGUGAUCAUUGAAGAGCCGCUUUGCCAUGAAGAGAACAAACUGUGGGCAGCUAUGGAGGAGACCACAGCCGAGACGGAAGCACAAAGAGGGACGGGAAGUACUGAGAGUCCUGGAGUGAAGGAGGAGGAAGAGGUUGUAGUAGGGGGCACCCAUAAAGGUGCAGAGGAUGAUGUGUGUAUUGCAGAAGAGCAGAAGGAGACAUCUGCUGGCUUCAUGUCAGCGAUGUUUGGGGUGUUGCACCGAGGCUAUGAGACAAUGGCCUCCAUGCUGCACACAUCUGCAUCAAAUGGUACCAGUCAGGAGCCUUCAGCCGAUAAACUACAGCCACUUACAAACAGAGAAGAACAGUCAUGUUUUCAAAAAGACGAUGCAACGAUCCGGUGCACCGCAGAGCCAGAUAAUGAGCCACCAAACUCUGCUGGUGUGGACAUUUUACCUCCUGCAGCUUUCUCUGACUCAGCAGAAAGUCAGAUGAUGGUUGAAGACGAGGUCCCCAAGGCUGAACCAGCUCAGGGAGCAGUAAACAUGACGCACGGACUGGGCCUGGUGGCAAGUCUGAGACUGGCGGCCAGCGAACAAGAGAAACAGAGAGAACUGGAGAUGGAGAGACGAGAAAGAGAGGAAAUGGAAAACCGCAGAAAGGCUGAAAGGGAGAAAGAAGAGCUGGAAGAAGCUGAAAGGCAAGAAAAAGAAAGACUUAACAGAGAAGAGGCAGACAAGAUUGAAAAAGAAAGAUUAAAGAGACGUGAAGAAGAGAAGAAGGAAAAGGAGARACUGAAAAGAUUAGAGAUGGARGAAAAAGAAAGGCUAAAAAGAGAAGAAGCAGAGAAGAAAGAAAUGGAAAGACUGAGAGAAGAAUGUGAGAUCAAUAAUUCUCGGCUUCCGACAUUACAAGAGGAAGAAACCCCCGAACUCAGGACCGCUGAUCCAUUUGCAGAGGUCACAGAGGAGGUCAAUGGGAAGGAUGACACUGAGGACCUUGUGAACUCUAGYCAGUCAUUGCUCCAGUGGUGUCAGAGCAUCACCAACAACUACAAGGGUGUAAAGGUCACAAACUUCAGCACGUCCUGGAGAAACGGCCUGGCCUUCUGCGCUAUACUACACCACUUUCAUCCAGACAAAAUAAGUACCAUCUGGCAUUUUGCCGUAUGUUUCACAGAMUGGCAGAAGACAUCGACUCAGCAGCAGAGGGAGCAGCUGCUCCUCCAGGAGUUGGUGUCCCUGGUUAACCAGCGGGAUGAGAUCAUCAGAGACAUCGACGACAAAGAGAAACGUGCUCGGGAGGAGGACGAGCGGCUGGAGCGAGGUUUGGAGAUGAGGAGGAGGAAAUACAGCAAUAAGGACAAAUGUGUGUUACAGUGAAAAGGACGAGCACCAACUGCAGUUGUCAUUGAAUCCCAAAGUCCCCAAAAGUAUUUUCCUUGAAUGUUAAGAAAAAAAUGAAACUACAAAGAUAUCUGUAGGAUUUCAAGUGCCUUUUCCCUCCUAGAAAUGUUCUCUAAGUCUGAAGCUGGAAAUUGUUGCCUGAAUGUAAYGUGUGUGUUUUAGUGGUGUUAUGUUGGUUUCUUUAAUCUGUUUUUUAUUUAUUGAAGACGUGUGUCAUUUUGCACUUCUGGUGUUUUUCAUGUGUUGUGUAAAUKUUUUUGGACAUUAUUCAGUAUUCACACACCAGCUGGUCCUCUGCUUAUUUUUUAUGUUAUGUGUCUCCUGUGCCUUAAUAGGAAGUUUUCGAUUUGUAGGCCAAAAUGCACCAGAGAAUCUAUCUGCUCAGGAUUCAAGUAUGCAAAGAGAUAUGUUCUGUUGCAUGUGUCGCUUUUAUCUUUUCUGAUAGUUUAAAAAAAA